AUGGACUACGGCCACUACAACUGCCGCGACUACCACAUCUCGCCUCACUUCGCGCCCACAACCCUAACCAACGAACACCGCUCCUCCCCUCUCCUCUACCGCCAUGAAUCCUUCGAAGAGCUGGAACAACGCUCCCGCUCCCCAGCAAGCCUGCAACCGAAAUUCCCCCUCCUCAAACUCCCGCUCGAACUACGACGGCAGAUUUUCCAAUACCUGCUCCCGCGCACCCUCGAGCACCACGACCCGAACCCGCUGGCGAGCCACAUCCGGCGCUUCAGCGCGGUGCGGAAGCGCGUGGAAAAGGGCAUGAUACUCCCACCACCACCACAACAGCCCUCGUCGGCUGGGAUCUCCCCCGGACCACCGGCGAAGAAUAAUAACGUCGUCUGGCAGAAGGGGAACGUGCGACUGCUGCAAGUCUGCCGCCAGCUGCACGGGGAAUGCGCGGAGCUGCUGUACGGGGAGAACACGUUCCUGCUCUUCAUCACGUACUCGGGCAUCACGUUUCGGUUUUCCUGGCUGACGCGGGCGGGCAUGGCUCCCAAUCGACGGUAUGAGUUUCUCGAACUGCUGGGGGAGAGGUACCUGGCAUUGGUGAAGCGGGUGAUUGUGAAUGUGGAUCAUGUGGAUAGCUAUACCGGCAUGAUUAAAUUCAAUGUCAGCGGCAAGGGCUUGACGCAUGGGUUGCGGAAGCAGGUCAGGAGGCUUGUGGAUGCUUUGCAGCCUCCGAUGGUGGUGUCGGCUGGUUUAAAUGAGAGUGGACGGAAAGUCUUGCAGACUGGCAGGAACGAUGGGACGACGGAUUGUCCGCCUCAGCCGCCGGAUUCUGCUGCGGAGGAAGAGUGGGCGUACAUUUCGCACGCAGAUGCGCAGGAUGAGCCAGCUGAGCAGGAGAGGAGGCUAGCUAAGGUGCUCAUUCGGGUCUCGAACGGCAACGCUUUCCUGGAUCAAAGGAAGAGCGAAGCUGUCCAAGCGCGCGAGGGCAGCAUUCGAACGUCGGAGGAUUUGGAAGAAAUGCUCGAGCCAUUCGGAGAUCUGCGAGGCGUGCGCGAGGCCGCGAUCACUGGAGCGGUCACGCAAAGCUUCUCUGCCAAGCUGAGGGGUCAAAUGAUGAGCGAGGAGAAGAGGCCGGAGGCGUCGGUCUCGUCGAUCACGAGAGGCGUGAGAGACUUUGACGUGGCUACGAUGCCGCAGCUCUGUGUAUAUGGAAACGAUUUAUGA